CGGCCCGCUCGGCGCCCGCGGGCUGUGGCGCAAUCCUCCUCCCUCCGCUUCCUCUCCCUCCUUUCCGUUCCUCUCUCUCUCCCCUCCUUCUCUCUCCUCCCGCCCGUCCGGAGACAGGGGGGCGCGGCCUGCGAGGCCCGCCCCCUCUUUCCCCCCCUCCCACCACCCCGGCUUCUUCCCGCCUGGUGUGAGGGAGUCGCUGGUCUUCCCGCCUUCCCUCCUUCCCUCAGGCUUCAGGGAAGAGGGGCCCCGACACUUGCUAGUGAGCGCCCGCCACGUCCUCCCGGGGGCCCGGCUUUGCACGAAGGCCCCCGGGGAAGGGUUCUCCCGACACCCUCCCCCUCCGCCAUUGACGACCCCGCCCCAACGGCACCACCCAGAGAACCCCAAAAGAGGGUCCAAUCUGACUCAGCUCAGCCUAAGCCCAGGAGACACAAAAAUUCUAAGGUCUGGCGCAGCCAAACCCCUAAAUUUUAAAUGAAAUGCCAGCAUGUCAGAGUCAACCUGGAGGGAGCCAUGGCCCAUUUAAAUGACUUCUGUGCGUGGUACUUUUCUGAUUCUGGAGUAACAGUGGCCCCGUGGAAAAGGUGGGCCAGUUACAGAAACACGGAUUCACGUCUCUGCCUCUGAAGAGAGUGUCUUUGGACAUAAACAUUGAAAGUUGGAUCUCCUGGGACUGUCCAUUCAUCAUUGCCUGGACUGGUAUUGACUGCAAGUGGAGGAACAUGAAGAUCUUCAUGACACCGAGACACUUCUGCUGCGUCAUCUUCGGAGACUCUGCUCUGUCCCUGGAGCACUGCUGCUCAAAACGCUGUUGCUGCAAGGGGAGGAUAUACUGCCACCAACUCUUCGGAAGCCCUGACUUAUGGGAGGACCACAGAAUGCUGGAUGAAGCCAAGGCUAUAUUGCGAGAAGCGCUUCAGGGCCCUAUUGAGAGAGAUGAACAAAAUUUUGUGGCCCAGACCCUGCAGGAUGAACUGAGCCGACAGGAGGAAGGACAGAAAAUGCAGGAGAAAUUGUGGGCAGUCAAUGAGGGAGCCCAGAUAAAAGAACUUGACCCACUGGAGGAAGUGGCCCUAGAGCUCGAGAGGGUGCGGGAAAUGUACUGGGAGGAGAAAGGCAAACAGGACCACCAGGAGACAGAACAAACGCCUGAGGAAUGGCAGAUCGAGGAAAAGGGGACACAGACGGAGGAGGUGGAGCUGGAGUGGGCAGAGGAGAUGGACAGUGAGGCGAAUGGCAAGCUGGACCAGCAGGAGACAGAGGAAACUCCUGAGGAAUCAUGGAGCAAGAAAAAGGGAACUCAGACGGAGGACACCAUGGACCCCAUGGGCCUGGAAGAAGUGGACGUGGAGGGGGCGGAGGAGCUGAGGCCGGAGCGAGUCCAUGGCGUGGUGAAGCUGGAACCCAGAGAGAAGCCAGAAGAAUCAGCUGUGGAACAAGAUGGGCUGAGGUGCCGCGGAGACCCUCUGUGCGCGGAGUCCGGCCUGUGGAAGCUUCCCACGCCCCUCUGGUUCCCGGGUGGGAGCCAUUGCUGUGACUGGAUAUGUUCCUCCUUCGGAUGGAACUCUCCCCCGGUCAAUGUGUUGGGCCUGGCCACUGGUGCCUAUGGUGAGGGAGGCCAGGAGAAGUCCAGUUUGCAGAAAGUGCCUCAGUGUCCUCCUGAGAGGGACCAACACAGUUCUGUUGCCCAGAGCCUGGAGGCCCACCUGUAUCACAAAGAGAUAGGGCAGCAAACGCAGAAAGAACUGUGGGCAAAGGAAAAAGGAACGCAGACCGACGAACUCGACCUGCGAGAGCAAGAGGUUCUAGGGCUACAGUGGGUGCCAGAGAUGUCCAGGGGAGCAAACAGCCAUCGGGAUCACCGGGAGAUAGAACAAACUUCUGAGGAGCCGCAGACUACGGAAAAGGGAACGCAGACGGAGGAACUCGACCCCAUUGAACAGGAGGCGAUGGAUGUGGCAGGAGCGGAGGAGCUGAGACUGGAGAAAGUACAAGGCCAAGGGCUGGAAACCAAAAACGAGCAGGAAGAAACCAAGGAGGAGGAGCUGGUGGAGCAGCAGUCGCAGAGGGGCCACCGAGAUGACCUGUGGGCGCGACCAGUCCUUCAGAAACAUCCCACCCCUCCCUGGUUCCCGAGUGGGGGCCACUGCUGCGACUGGAUGUGCUGCUCCCUUGGGUGGGGCUUCUGCCUUCGCCUGCCCCUCAUGGUCUAUGUGCUGGGCCUGGCCGGUGGUGGUCCCACGGUCGGGUUGGGCUGACCCUUCAUGUCUGUGAUUCUUUGUGCGGCCUCUGGGGGAAGGGAGUUUUGCAAUAAAGUGUCAUUUUAGUGAUCGCUC